AUGUUAUCUAGGAGUAGAUGUUUUAAAAGGUUGUUUUGUAAUAUAAUAACUAAAUAUCAAAAACAAAAUCAUAGAGAAAAUAUUCUUUUAAGACCUGAUUCAUAUAUUGGAUCAACCAAAGAGGUAACAUGUAAUCAGUUUUUGUAUAAUGAUAAUAUUAGUCAAAUGAUAAAAUGUAAGACCUCAUAUGUUCCCGGAUUUUUAAAAAUAUUUGACGAGAUUUUGGUAAAUGCUGCUGAUAAUAAACAAAGAGAUCCUAAUAUGACAAGAAUAGAUAUUUCUAUUGUUGAUUCUAAUAAAAUUGUAGUACGCAACAAUGGAAAAUGUAUCCCCAUUCAAUUUCAACCAUCUAUGAAUGUUUAUAUUCCCACAUUAGUUAUGGGUCAUUUACUAACUUCUUCAAACUAUGAUGAUAAUAAAAAGAGAAUUGUUGGUGGUAGAAACGGUUAUGGUGCAAAAUUAUGUAAUAUCUAUUCAAAACAAUUUUCUAUCACUUGUUUUGAUUCAAAAGAAAAAAAAAAAUUUUCACAGACAUGGUAUGAUAAUAUGUCCAGAAGUGAUCCACCAAUCAUUAAAGAUAUAGAUUUUUUAGAAAAUGAAGAUUAUACUGAAGUAAGUUUUAUUCCAGAUUUACAAAGAUUCAAUAUGAGUAGUAUUAAUGAUGACGUUGUCAGUAUUCUUAAAAAAAGAGCAUUUGAUUUGGCUGGAACGUGUAAUGGAGUUAAAGUUUCAUUUAAUGGAGAACUUAUUAACGUAUCAAAUUUUGAGGAUUAUGUAAAAUUACAUUUAUCAGAAAUGAAAGAAACUUUAAAAUGUUUUAAAACAGAUCGUUGGGAAAUAUAUAUUUCUCAAUCAACUUCGGGAUUUGAACAAGUUAGUUUUGUAAAUAAUAUUGUUACACGUAUUGGUGGAAGUCAUGUGGAUUAUAUAGCAAAUCAAAUCAUAUCACAUAUUGUAAAUUUAUUAAAAGACAAAAUUGAUUUAACAAGAAUAAGAAGUUUUCAUAUUAAAAAUCAUAUUAAUAUUUUUAUUAAAUGUUUUAUUGAAAAUCCGUCGUUUAAUUCACAAACAAAAGAACAACUUACUUCAAGAGUUUCUGAAUUUGGAUCAAUGUGUAUUAUUCCUCAAACAUUUGUUUCUGAUUUUUUAAAAACAUCAACUAUUCCUGAAUCCAUUUUAUCUUCUCAAAAAAUAUUACCAUCACAAAAAGAGAUAAAAAAUAAAAAAGUUUUUCUCUCAAAGUUAGAGGAUGCUUUGCAUGCAGGAACCAAUAAUUCAUCUAAAUGUUCUUUAUUUCUUACAGAAGGUGACUCAGCAAAAGCAUUGGUUGUUUCUGGUUUUUCUGUCAUUGGAAGAGAUUUUUAUGGUGUUUUUCCUUUAAAAGGUAAAAGUAUUAAUGCUCGAAAUUUAUCUUUUGAAGAUUGUAUUAAAAAUGUUGAGUUUCAAAAUAUUAUAAAAAUUAUUAAUCUCAAGAAAAACAUUGAUUAUUCAAUUGCUAGUAAUCGAAAUUCAUUACGUUAUGGAAGAAUUAUUUUAUUUACUGAUCAAGAUUUAGAUGGUAUACAUAUAAAAGGUCUUGUAAUAAAUAUGUUUCACAAAUUUUGGCCUGAACUUGUUGAAUCUGGAUUUAUUCAAACACUUAAAACACCAUUAGUAAAAGUAAGAUGUAAAGGUGAGACAAUUAAUUUUUAUAAUAAGUUUGAAUUUGAUGAAUGGUUAAACAAUUCAAAAAAAAAAGAAGAUUUUUUAAAUUACAAAAUAAAAUAUUAUAAAGGUCUUGGAACAUCAACAAAAGAAGAAGCUAAAGAGUAUUUUAAAGAUAUUGAAAAAAAUUUAAUUACUUAUACAUGUACAAAUGAAGAAGAUCAUUUAUCAAUAAAAUCAGCAUUUAAUAAAAAUUUAACAUUUGACAGAAAGGUUAUGAUUCAAAAUUAUCUUCCUUCUAAUACUUCAAAUGGUAAUUUUCUUUCAAUUGCUGAUUUUGCUAAAAAUGAGUUAGCUGAGUUUUUUAAAUAUGACAUUAAACGCUCUAUUCCAAGUGUAGUAGAUGGUUUAAAAGAAAGUCAAAGAAAAAUUAUUUAUACAAUGUUUAGUAAAUUUGAAAAAGAUGAGAUAAAAGUUAAUCAAUUGUCUGGAGUUACAGCACACUAUACAUUAUACCGACAUGGAGAAGAUUUUUUAAUAUCUACUAUUGUUAAGAUGGCUCAAAAUUUUGUAGGUACAGGAAAUAUUAAUCUUCUCCAACCAAUUGGACAAUUUGGUACAAGAGCUUGUGGUGGUGAUGAUUCUGCAAGUGGAAGAUACAUUCAUACAUCUUUAAAUCCACUUACAAGAUUAUUAUUUCCAAAAGAAGAUGAUAAGUUACUUAAAUAUAUUGAAGAAGAAAAUCAAAUAAUUGAACCUGUUUAUUAUGUCCCAAUAAUACCAACAAUUUUAGUAAAUGGUGGAAAAGGAGUUGCUACAGGAUGGAGUACUAGUAUUUUUCCUUACAAUCCUACUGAUAUAAUUAAUAAUAUAAGAUUAAUGAUUAAUGGAAAAGAACCAAUAGAUAUGGUACCUUAUUAUAGAAAUUUUAAAGGAACAAUUGUUGAAACUGCUAAAAAAGGAACAUAUAAUAUAAAUGGGUUGGCAAAUGUUACUAUUAAUCAUUUAAAUGAUACACUUAUGGUUGUUAUUACCGAACUUCCAAUUGGUAUAUGGACAAAUGAUUUUAAAGAAAAAAUUCUUCAACCUCUUUAUGAAAAAAAAAUUUUAAAGUCAUAUAGUGAAUUUCAUAGCAAUAAUGAUGUUCAUUUUGAAAUAAUUUUAAAUGGUAAAAAAAAUGUAGAAAAAGGAUUGUUAGGAACAUUAAAAAAAACUAUUAGCACAAAAAAUAUGAUGUUAUUUGAUGUUAAUAAUAAUUUAAAACAUUUUAAAAAUACAGGUGAAAUAUUUAAUGAAUUUUUUGAUAUUCGUAAAGAUUUAUAUGAAAAAAGAUUAUUAAAUGAGAUAAAUUUAUUAUCAAAGCAAUCAUUAUAUUAUAAAAAUCAAAAACAAUUUAUAGAUAAUAUUUUGUCAAAUAGAAUGUCUUUGGUAAAUAAAUCAAAGAGUCAAUUAAUAGAAAAAUUAAAAUUAAAUGGAUUUUCUUCUAAUCCAUUAAAAAAAGAUCAAGAAGAUUAUAAUUACCUAACAAAUAUUUCACUUUACCAAUUUACUGAAACAGAAAAUGAAAAACUAAAGCAAAAAAUUGAAGAAAAGAAGAAAAAAAUUGAUCUUUUAAAAUCAUCGACAUGGAAAGAUUUAUGGAAUAAUGAUUUAAAUAGACUUGAAGCUUCUUAUAAAUAG